AUGAGUAGUACGGAACUGGAGAUAGCAACGUCGAAGUCUAUCAAUCGAAAGAGAAAUGCAGAGACCGCGGAAAUCGAGAUAGACGUAGAGGCACCUGAACCUCCAUCUAAGAAGGCCCUCCGCAAAACAAAGAAAGCAAAAGUAUCUAAUGGCAGCAAGUCGUCCUCAGGGGCAAAGAAGGAAACAUCAUCCACAGAACCACAAGAUGCACCUCACAAAGACUCUACACGCUCUGGAUACGGGAUUUGGGUUGGGAACUUAUCUUUUGGCACUACGAAGGACGACCUUGUGAGCUUUCUGACCUCCAGUUCAACGAACGUCAUUCGCCGAAAUCAGAUAACCAGGAUUCAUCUACCUCAAGGGCUGCCCAAGUUUGGCAGAGCACAGAAUAAAGGGUUUGCCUAUGUCGACUUCUCAGACCAACAGUGCAUCGACACAGCCCUCAAGUUUACGGAAUCACUUCUCGGCGGCCGCCGUGUACUAAUAAAAAACGCGAAGAAUUUCGACGGCAGACCCGAGCAGAAAAGAGACUCAGUCGAGAAGCAGUCCCAGCCCCCAAGCAAGCGAAUCUUUGUUGGGAAUCUGGAUUUUACCACCACCGUGGAGGAUCUCGAAGCGCAUUUUGGAGUAUGUGGACCGAUCGCCCAUACCCAUCUGGCUACAUUUGAGGAUUCGGGGAAGUGUAAGGGAUUCGCUUGGAUCGAUUUCGAACAACUAGUGUCCGCAGGAAAGGCCAUGCGAGGCUGGGCUACUCCAGGAAAUAGUGCCGAGGAGGCGCCUACGAAUUCAAAGUCGUCAAAGAGCAGAGUCUUGUUGCACAGGCUUCAUGGCCGCAAGUUGAGGAUGGAGUACGCUGAAGACAAGGCCACUAGGUAUGAGAAGAGGUUCGGAAAGACAGCGAAAAAGGCGGCAGCAGGAGACGGAGAAUCGAGAGAAGACGGUGGCAUCGUCAAAGUAGAUGGCGGACAGGAGAAGCCAAAACCCAUCCACGACAACAAGAACACAAAUCUCAACAAGUCCCAAGGGAAAUACUCAGAGGAGACGGUGCAGAGACUGACGGGUGCAAUUAUCGAGAGUAAGGGCCAACGAACAGUCUUUGCGUAG